UAUUUUUAAAAAAAAAUAAUAAUGUCGGUUAGUGAUGAUGAAGUUAGAAUAUUCAGAGUUUUUCUCCGAUAAAAUGAAGGGGCUUUUUGGUUUUUUCCUCUUCACAUCUUUAUAGUUAACGUCUCUGCGUGGAGGGAAAGCACUUUUUUUUUAGCUCCCACUGAAUCUGAUAGAGCUUACUCCCAGAAAAUGGUGGAGAUGUAGGGAAGCCUCAUUACAGAGAAUCGUGUUGUCAUACUAACCAGCCUCUCUGACCCAGAACAUGACCACGUAAUCUGAAGCACCCAGUCACAACACUGUUCAUCUGGGCGGCAAAGUUUGAACAUUUUGAACUGACACAGUACCACUAUUUUCUGCUACACCAUUUUCUGCUACAACUAGUGAGAACCUCCAGCGAUGUCUGCCCAAACCAAAUCUGUUGGUGGCCGAGGUGUUUCCUGGCGAGAGAGGGAGACAUUGGAUCUGCUAGAAUUAUGGGGAGAGGAAAAGGUUCAAGAGGCACUCGCAGUGUCACAUCGGAACAUUGAUAUAUUUGAGAAAAUAGCGGAGCAGAUGGUUGCCAGGGGACAUAGCAGAACGGCACAGGAAUGCAGGACAAAAACUAAGGCUCUGCGUCAGGAGUACAAGCGGGUAGUCGCACACAACAGCCACUCUGGGAACUCUCCUGUGUCAUGUCCCUUUUACCAUCAGUUGCACCAGAUUCUGAGAGGGGAUGCUAACAUCAGACCUCGGAGAAUGGCCAGAAGCCUUUCCUUCCUCACGAUGGAAGUAGAUCCUGGACAAUCUGAAAAUGUAAUGGAGGGAUCCGAGGAGGUCUUCAGUAAUGAGGUUGUGACUAUCAAAUUAGAGGAUAUUGGUUCAUCUACCCCUUCUGAUUUAGCUUCCUCCCCAGAGGAUCAUUCUAGUGACUUGCAUAGCGCACCAGAGUCUGGUCAAUUUGUGGAGGACCACAGAAAUAGAGAGAGCAUUGAGAGUGAAGAAUGUUCUCAGCCUCCAUGCCCAGAAGGAAUGGAUGAUAGACAAGAACUAAUUCCAGCUAACUAUGAACCGACAGCAAACACAACCAUUUCUCCAGAAAAUGGACAGGAAAUAAAUGUUCCAGAACUGUCACCUGCAAUACGUUUAGCCAAUGCCAGGAACAGGAAGCGGCGUGUUGCGCUGCUCUCGGAGGUUGCGGAGCGCAUGCUUACGCAGUGCUCCACAGAGGAACGUGAGGCAAACCGAAGACACAAGGAGACAUUGGAUGAGGAGCGAAGAUGGCGCAGGGAGCUGAUGGAGGAGGAAAGACGCCGCCACAACCAGUUGAUUGAGGAGGCAAGGCAAGACCGCCAGGUCUUUAAGGAUGUCAUGUCCCAAAACAUGACAGUUAUGCUGUCUGCCGUCCAAGCACUUAACAACCUCACACAAAUGAUUGCAGAGAAGCAGAAAGAACAACAGUCCCAAUCACAAACUGCUGCAACCCUUCCACCAGUCCAGGAAGCUCUGUCUUCCCAUGAACCCCAUCAGAAAUGUCCCUGUGCUGGUAGAAAAAACACCAGAUGACCACUGUUCUAAAUAAUGAACGCGAUUUGUUGUUUUCCUGUGCUUUGCUAGCAGCAUUUUUGGAGAGUUGUGGGGGGGAAAUUGAAUGCUAAGGAAUGGAUUCUCAGAGUUGUUACUAAUAAAGAGUCAAAGGUUAA